AUGCAACCAAAUUGCAGUCAUCUCCACAACAUCCAAGGGAGUGGUGAUGACUCUUCAUCUUCUCAGAGUGCCCACGCAGCAAGGUUGUCAGGAGAGAGCUCAUGCCAUCACAGCGGAGAUGUUCGCAUACAGCUAAACUCUGCUGUGGGAGAGGCCAGAGAAAGCGCGAGUUCCCUGCAUUCGAGGCCAGGUUCCCAAAGUCGCUCACACGGACAUGCCCACAGCGAUGCAGGGGGGCUCGAUGAUUCUGCUCCAGACUCGGAGGAACACAGCGGCAGCUCCUUCUCAGAGCUCAGACACCUCUUCCAGUGGCUGCACAAAAGUCUGCCGUAUAUCUUGAUUCUGUGUGUCAAAUUGAUCAUGCAGCAUAUAAUUGGCAUUUCUCUUGGAAUUGGGCUGCUAACAACUUAUAUGUAUGCAAACAAAAGCAUAGUAAAUCAGGUUUUUCUAAGAGAACGGUGCUCCAAGUUGCAAUGUGCUUGGUUACUAGUAUACCUAACUGGAUCAUCUCUCCUCUUGUAUUACACCUUUCAUUCUCAGUCACUGUAUUACAGCUUAAUCUUUUUAAACCCUACUGUGGAUUUUAUGAACUUCUGGGAGGUACUUUGGACUGUGGGAGUCACAGACUUUAUCCUGAAAUUCCUCUUCAUGGGCUUCAAGUGCUUUGUUCUCUUGGUGCCUUCUUUUAUGAUGUCCUUUAAAUCCAAGGGCUACUGGUACAUGCUGUUAGAAGAACUCUGCCAGUAUUACCGUAUGUUUGUCCCCAUACCAGUUUGGUUCCGUUAUCUUAUUGGCUAUGGGGAGCUGGACAGUGUACUAGGAUGGACCCUGGGGAUAUUGCUGGGCCUUCUCUACCUCAUCCUAAAACUUUUGAGCUUUUUUGGACAAUUGAGAAACUUCAGGCAGGUCUUACGGAUAUUUUGUACACGACCACACUAUGGGGUGACAGCUAGCAAGAGACAGUGUUCUGAAUCGGAUGAUAUUUGUUCAAUCUGCCAAGCUGAAUUUCAGAAGCCUGUUCUACUUAUCUGUCAGCACACAUUUUGUGAAGAAUGCAUCUCUUUAUGGUUUAAUAGAGAAAAAACGUGUCCACUCUGCAGAACUGUUAUUUCAGACCAUGUUAACAAGUGGAAGGAUGGAGCUACAUCUAUGCAUCUACAGAUUUUCUAAAGCAUGUCAAACAACUUGUUUUACAGUUUGUUUGUUCAAGCUGAGGUUUUUCAGUUUACUGCAGAUUAAAUUGUAGAUGGCACAAGAAACGAGUUUCC